AUGGAUUCUUAUUCAUAUGUAGCUCUUUCUUCUUCUACCAAUUCUUCUUCCUCUACUUCUAUUCCAUUUUCCACAUAUCCACAAAAAGAAGUAAAGAAAACCAAAACAUUACCCUCAUAUCACUCUUCACUUCAUGGAGUUCGAAGGCUCCCAGCAAAACCUAUGACCAAACUACCGAUUGCUCCAAUGCCACCAACACCUCCUAAAAUUUAUAGAGUCGAACCUCUUAAUUUCAAGGAAGCUGUCCAAAUGCUCACCGCAGCUCCCGAGUUUCAAUCUGUCUCCAAUAAUUCUCUCUCUAGUUUUGAUUCUGGUUCUGGCUCUGGCUCUUUCUCUGGCUCUGGUUCUUUCAAUUCGAGGCGUCUACAAGAUGUUGCUCCUCCUCCACUUGAUCUCUCACCGGUUUCAUUACAAAGAAAUAAUGGAAACAAUAAUAUUGUUGCACAAUGGCGAGAAUUGCUUUGUCCUUCUUCUACUUCAUCAAACAACCAAGUUGAAUCAAUUAGCGCGGCCUACAAUUACUCAACAAAUGAAGCACAAGAAAUAUCACACGUAACGCCACAAAUUCCAUCAGAAAAUUAUUUUGGAUCGUGCAGUCCGCUAGCUAAUUUCCCUCUAUCGCCUGCUUCUUUUGCAUGGUGUUCGUCUAUUGUUCUCAGCCCUAGCACGCUUACUUCACCAAGCGCGGUUCAAAUCAUUUGA